UGAAUUUGUACAUGACGCUACAAAUCAUUCAUCGGUGGUGGUGAAAUCCAGCAACCAGUCUGUGCCCUCGGCUGAGCUCUUGAUUAGGCCAGAGAUCUUAUUAUAUUCACGAUGUGAAGUCAUACAGAAAUUUUCCAUGUACAAAGAAUUUUCUUCACCUCUUAAGGAACAUUGCUUUGUGGACUGAUCUGCACAAGUAAGAGCGCAGCUGGCAUAUGCAUCUGCCAAGUUUGUGCUUCACAUCCCUGCCUUGAAAACAAGCAAAGUCAGGAAACUCCUGGACUGUAAAUGAAAGAUGGAAGAGACUCAUCUGCUGAAAGAAAGGCUACAAGCUAUCACGGACAAGAGGAAAAUACAGGAAAAAAUUACCAGACAAAGAUUUGAAGUGGAUGAGGAAAAACUGAAGCUUAAGCACUUAAAGUCAAAGAGUUUGCGAGAAAGAUGGCUCUUGGAGGGAGUGACCACCAUCUAUCCUCAAGAAGAAGAGGCAAUGAAGAAGCAGUACCAAGAAGAUCAACUUCAAUCAAAGAAAUUGGAACAAAAUAUUCUCAGGCUUGAAGAAGAAAUUAAAUCUCUUGAAAACCAAGAAGCCCAAGUUUCACUUAAUGAACAAAUGUUAUUGAAGAAACUGAAAGCAGCAGAAAGAUCUACAGCAGAUAUAAUAAAGGCGGCACAGGCUGAGAAUUAUGAAGACCAAGUGAAGUUUGUACACUCAGAAAUUCCAGACUUACCAAAAUCAUCUGAAUCUCAGGACCAGCAGAGAACACCAAGUCCAGACAUUGAGACACAGGACCUUGAGGAGCCUAAAGGAGCAUUAUUUGCCGUGGAAAUCAAUGUUCAAAAGGAUAUGAAGACUGGAGAAAGCACCAUUCUGUCAACUGCGCCAGUUUUGGUCGAUGAAAUUGAAAACAAAGGUGUUAAAGUCUAUGAAGAUGGAGUCAAGUCUGUGUAUGCAUUAUGCAGUGAUGGAGGCCUGGUGCAGAAUGGCGUAGAUAGCAUGACUCGUGAUGAAGUGGAGGCACUGUUACAGCAGGCUGGUGAAAAACAAGCCAAUGUUUCGGCAGUUUGCCAUGCACCUGUUUACUCAAGUUCCCACAUUAAACUCCAAUCUCAUAAAAUGCUACCCACUGAGCAGAGGGGAUCAGAAUCAAUUGUGCAAAAUAACACGACAAUAAUUGAAAGAGUUGAGAGGCAUAACCCUGUAAGGGCACAAACUUAUGGAAGUAACAACCCUGUGGUGUAUCAGGAAAGGGAUUUGCCUGUUUUUCCACAGCCAUCAUUUAUACCUGCUCCCUUCUCACCAGUAACCAGUUACAGAUCUCUGAACUCAACACAAAGUCAGAGUCAGCAACAUAUUGAGUCACAGUUAACUGAGAAUGAGCUGAAUUCAGUCCAAGUUGAAUGCCAUCAACCAAGGGACAACCACCGUGAGGCUGUGUUUAUCACUUCAGAGCUCGAUCAUGAUGGUGGAUCAUCUUCCGCUUCUGAAGAAACGGUUGUUAGUUUGAAUGUUGCCCAUUCAUUGCCUUCAACUAUUAACGCUGAGGAGCCAGUUACCAUGGUCUUCAUGGGAUACCACAAUGUAGAUGACGAAAAUGAAACCAAAAAGGUUUUGGGGUACGAAGGAGCUAUCCGAGCAGAAUUAGUAAUGAUCAGUGAUGAUGAGGAUACCGAGGUAUCACCACAACAAGCAAAUGAUCAGACUAUACCAGUGCUUCAUCCAGCCCCACAUUCAACUACUGUUGAGGAACAUAAAACAUACGCUGGAAUAAAUCUAAAUACAGGAGGUAGCUCAUUCCCAAAGAAACCUGCUUUAACUUCAAGCCAAGACACAACAACAAAUCAUUCUCCUUACAUCAGUUACUCUGAUGGACAUAUGGAUGGAGUUGGAAACUAUGAUGACGACUCUGUGUCAGCCUUAAGAUCUAAAAUGACCAGGCUAGGUAAAAAGGUGGCGAUGUGAAGUGGAGCCUUCGAUCCAACAGUAACUUGACCACUAAUUCUACCUGGAACAUUGGGAAGUAAUGUGACCUGUUAAAUACAGGUUGAAAUGACCGUCUGCGGAGUUUCUUAUGCAGCUUAUUCAUCUAUUACUCAGCUACAAAAUUCAAACAAUAUGUUGUAUCCAUUGCAUUUGUAUAACCUGUCAUUUAUCUCAAUUUAAUUGAGCUAUCCAAUCAUUUGUACUCUGUAUUGCAUGUGGAAAACAGUAUUAGGCUCAAAUAAAUGUUGCAAAAUUGUUGUAAAAAGGGACAUGAAGCCAAUUCACCAACACAGUGGCUCAGUGGUUGGCACUGCUGUCUCACAGUGCCAGGGACCUGGGUUCAAUUCCACCCUUGGGCACCCUUGUGGAGUUUGCA